GACAGAGGGGUUCAUCACAGCAGUACACUGGAAAGACAAAAGGGAUAUUUUUGCACUGACUACCAUCCAUGGCAAUGCUGUUGGUGAUGACAUUCCUCAUAAACCAGAAACUGAUCUGUGAAUACAACAAAUACACGGGUGGCAUUGACCACAAUGAUCAGCUGCUGGUCUACUUUGCCAUUGGGUGAAAACCUUUGAAGUGGUGGAAGCAUGUGUUUUGGCGGCUACUCAAUAUUGUGUUGGUCAACAGCCACCUGCUCUAUGAACUUAAACCUGACAAGAAUCAGUUACCCAGAAGCAGUUCAAGCUCAAUUUAUGCCAUUCUCUGGUUCAGCCACUAUUUAUGUCGAGAGAAAAUCUGGGUGCAAGAGUUGUCAGGGAGCCUGGUUCCUGGCUCCAGUUCCUUGUGACUGUUUAAUAGGAAAGCAUUUUGGGCAAAGGGCUGGCAAGAGGAAGAGAUGUAAAGUUUGUGCUUACACCAAAAAUGCAAAAGGAAAUCUAAAGCAUACGAAAACUAAUUUCUACUGUGCAAAGUGUGAUGCACACCUUUGUGAACAGCCAUGUUUUCAAAAGUGGCACUCCCAAUCCAGCCUUUGA